AUGCUGCAAAUAAAUCAAGAUAGACCCAAUAUGGCUAACCAAUCCAUAGGAUACGCCCUUAAACGCAGAAAAGAUCGAUUUGUGGUGGAGCCAAUCGUGGGAAUCGUGAAUCCAGCUUACGAAGCCGAUCUGGGUGGAGAUAUAUCCUCAACGAGUGACCUUAAUCGAAAAUGGCGAGUAUAG